AACACAUACUUCACAUUUCUCUUCACUACAUGUCGUGCUUUACACAUUAUCUUUAUUAUAAUCUCACUCUAUAAAAUCCUCGACGAGAAACUAUAAUAAAGAAAGUUUGUGCGUUAAAGUUGUUCCGUCUGUCUGACGCAGAGAUCAGAAGCGCGUGCGCGUUCACGCGAGCGUCUGUAUGUGUGUCUGAAGGAAAUCACACAGUUUGUGUCACAUCACAAAUGACUCUUAUUUGUCUUCACACAUCUCUGCAGAAUAUGGUUUGUGUACUUGCUCUUGUGCAGUUGUGUUUGUGGCAUUUCAACGGUGUGUUUGGUGAUGAAGUGAAGUCAGUGUCAGUGAUGGAGGGACAUUCUGUUACUCUACACACUGAUACACAACUACACAAACAUGAUGUGAUAGUGUGGAAGUUUGGUGUUCAGAGUCCAGAUGAGAUUAUAGCUAAACUGAACAAAGAAGCCAAUAAAACAUCAUUUAUCAUUGAGAGAUUGAAGAAUCAUGUAGAGAUAGAUGAUCAGACUGGAUCUCUCAUCAUCACAAACAUCACAACUCAACACACUGGACUUUAUCAACUAGACAUCAUUGGAAAAACUGUUCAAAACAAACACUUCAGUGUUACUGUCUAUGCUGGUCUGUCUGUUCCUGUCAUCUCCAGAGUCUCUUCUCAAUGUUCUUCAUCAUCUUCAUCAUCAUGUUGUUGUGUGUUGUGUUCAGUGAUGAAUGUGUCACAUGAUGUGAGUGUCUCCUGGUACAAAGGAAAGAGUUUAUUGUCCAGCAUCAGUGUGUCUGAUCUCAACAUCAGACUCUCUCUACCUCUGGAGGUGGAAUAUCAGGAUACAAACACAUACAGAUGUGUGGUCAACAAUCCCAUCACAAACCUCACACAACAUCUACACAUCACUCAACUCUGUCACACGUGUGCAGCUUCACAUUUGAUAGUAUCUCUAUCUUGUGCUGCUGGAUCUGUGAUGAUUGUAACUGCACUUCUGAUCUACUGCAUCUGCAGAAAACACAGAAAAACACAACAACACGAAACUGUUCAGACUGGUGAAGAGGAGAUCACUUAUGCAGAUCCAACAUUCUGUAAAAGACACAGACAUGGACCGAGAUGUGCGGUGGAGGAUGAUGUGGUGUAUGCAGGAGUCAUGAGAAGAUGAACAAACCCUCUGUGAUUCUGAGAUUCUUAUGACAAUGCUAAACUGGAUCUAUGACUGCUUUAAAUAUGCAAGGUUCUUCCAGAUUGUA